GGAAGCCACCAUGUCCUUGCAACCGCCCUGCCGCCGCCGUGCGACUAGCUCCCCCCGCCGUCGUGCCAUCCUUCAGCCCACAACCCACGUCUCCCCCCCACCCACGGGGUUCGGGGUCGGACGUGUUCGUGGGGUGGGGGAGGUGGCAUGAUUCAUUGUUUGCUCGUUCCUCGACGGUUGGAUUCUGCUGCUUCCAUCUGCUGCUUCGAAGCCCAGGCAGACGCGCUGGAACCUGACGCCCGCCUGCAUCGACGCCGCAUCACUGCAGAACGCUUCGACCACGUGCGCCGAGGCACAGGACGGAGCUGCUGUACCUCGCGCGCAAUGGGGAAUUCUCCCUUGACACCUCAUCACUCCUCCUUGACUAAGCGCCCGCCUCUGUCCAAUGAUCCAAUCCACUCCUCCUCCAGCUGCACGUCAGAUCUCAUUGUGCAACCGGGAGCAUCCGUGCGCGCUGUCAACAGGGCGCAGAAAGCAAGCUUCGACAACACAUCUCACAAACUGUCACAUACUAUGUGCGUGCGCCUGGCCGUCUUACCACCUGGAGGGAAAACAUCUCGACAAACGACGUCUCCGUACCUUAAGCGAAUCUGCAGGCUUACUGCUCUAUUUAUAGUCUCCAUGCAAGCCUAACAUGGAUGUCCGUCCCGUCGGAUCGAUCUGCCUGUGGGACAAGUGGGUUACCAGCUUGGAUCCCAUGUCGCCGUUCCAGCCAAGUACCGUGGAUACACUCGUUGACCCACUAGCUAUAGCCUUACGACUUUUUAAAGACUGCACACCUGUG